UGUUAUUUAUCUGUCAAAAACACGACAAUCGACAUCGCAGCGAAACGUAGUUUUUAGAAACAGCUGCUUAAAAUCGUGUUGUAAAUCAAUUUUAACAUAAUUCCACAAAAUGUUGGACCUAUUCAGCAUCUUCAGUAAAGGAGGUAUUGUGUUGUGGUGUUUUCAGAGCACGAGUGAAAUAUUUUCACCCUCGGUCAACGCUUUGAUUCGAAAUGUUAUCUUACAAGAACGUUCUGGUAACAAUAACUUUAGUCAUAACGCGUUGAGCCUUCAAUAUAAGCUCGACAAUGAAUUUGAACUGGUUUUCGUCGUGGCAUAUCAACGUAUCCUACAAUUAUCCUAUGUUGAUAAAUUCUUAAAUGAUGUGCACUUGGAGUUUAGAGACAAGUAUAAGAAUGAAUUGCAAGGUGGCAAGUAUAUCAUGGACUUUGACUUCAAGACUUCCUUUGAUAAUAUACUCAAACAGUGUGAGCUAUGGGCAAAGUCACAAGCUAAAAUUCCAAAGCAAAUGCGUACCUUCGAAGACUCACAGAAGUCCAAAAAGACUGUUGCAUCUAUGAUAGAGCGUAAAGGUGAAGAGAAGAGUAAGAAAUCUGUAAAAAUAGUAGAAACCAAGAUAGUGCCUAAUGGUGUGGUGGAGGAGUCGCCCGAGCCGGAGGAUGACGUCAUCGCCGCCAAUCGCGCCAAGCUCGCGCAGAAACUCGCUAACAAGACUAAGAAAGAGACCAAGAAACCCCCCAAAAGUCCCAAAACCCCUACAGUCACUGAGCGUGUGAAGAAGCCCCGUGUGUGGGAACUGGGCGGCAACUCGCGCGACCUGCCCACUCUAGAGUACACCACAGAUAAGGAUGCUGCGAAUUAUGAAGAGGUGCAGCCUGAAUAUAAGGAGUUGUUGGGCACAAUGAAGGGCGCCAUCCGCGACUUGGAGGUGGAGUCAGAUGAGAGCAGCAGCGAGGAGGAGGAAGAGGAGCAGCAACAGCCCAGCCCCAAGAAAAGCGGCGGCAUAUUCAACAUCUUCAAAGGUCUGGUGGGGUCGAAGGCCCUGUCAGAAGAGUCCAUGCGUCCAGUGCUGGACAAGUUGCGCGACCACCUCAUCGGCAAGAACGUCGCGGCUGACAUUGCUAACAAGUUGUGUGACUCGGUUGCUUCCAAACUCGAUGGAAAGGUGUUGGGCACAUUCGACAGCGUAGCCAAGACAGUGAAGGCGACUCUGACGGAGGCGUUGGUUCAGAUCCUGUCUCCGAAGCGUCGCGUGGACAUCUUGCGCGACUGCUUGCACGCCAAGUCGCAGUCGCGGCCUUUCGUCAUGGCUUUUUGUGGGGUGAACGGCGUGGGCAAAUCCACCAACCUGGCAAAGAUCUGCUUCUGGCUCAUCGAGAACAAGCUAUCAGUUCUGAUUGCCGCCUGCGAUACGUUCCGAGCGGGCGCUGUUGAGCAGUUGCGCACCCACGUGAGGAGACUCGACGCCAUGCAUCCUAAGAUGGUGCAUCUCUACGAGAAGGGAUAUGGCAAAGACGCGGCUGGAAUAGCGAUGGAAGCCAUCAAGUUCGCAGCCGACGCCAACAUCGACGUGGUGCUGAUCGAUACGGCGGGCCGUAUGCAGGACAAUGAGCCACUCAUGCGAGCUCUGGCCAAACUGAUCAAGGUUAAUGACCCCGACCUCGUCCUCUUCGUCGGCGAGGCUCUCGUAGGCAAUGAGGCGGUGGACCAGCUGGUCAAGUUCAACCAGGCGCUCGCCGACCACAGCUCAUCAACCAACCCUCACGUCAUCGACGGCAUAGUGCUCACCAAGUUCGACACCAUUGAUGACAAGGUCGGCGCCGCCAUAUCUAUGACCUACAUCACUGGGCAGCCCAUCGUGUUCGUUGGCACCGGACAGACCUACACCGACCUUAAGGCUCUCAAUGCUAACGCUGUCGUCCACGCUUUGAUGAAGUAGUUUGACCACCUUAUCCAGCUAUUGUUUAGUUACCAACCCUAAAUUUUGACAGCUCUGUUUAGUUGUCAACCCUAAAGUUAGAUAACCUUGUCAAGUUGUGAACUGUUGUCAACCCUGAAUUUUGUCGACCUUGUCAAGUCAUCAACCCGUAUCUAAACCGUAUCUAUUUAAUCACAUUAAUAAAGACGAGACAGUCGACGAACUCGUCAGAUUCAACCAGGCGUUCACAAAUCACACUCAGCAAGUUCGACAUCUUCGACGACAAGGUCGGCGCCGCCAUAUCCAUGACCUACAUCACUGGGCAGCCCAUCGUGUUCGUCGGCACCGGACAGACGUACACCGACCUUAAGGCUCUCAAUGCUAACGCUGUCGUCCACGCUUUGAUGAAGUAGUUUGACCACCUUAUCCGCUUGUUGUUUAGUUGCCGACCCUAACUUUGACAACUUUGUGUAGUUGUUAACCAUAAAAUUAGAUAUCCUUGUCAAGUGGUCAACUCUAAAUUUUGGUCAGCCCUUCAAGCCUAAAGUUAGACUUUCCUUGUCAUGUUGUCAAUCCUUAAAAUUACAUAACCUUGCCAAGUUAACAGCCUUAAAUUUUGUCAACCUUAUCAACCUUAAAGUUAUACAACCUUGUCUAAUUGUCAUGCCUAAACUUUGAUAACCUUGUCAAGUUAUCACAACUUUCUGGUACAAAUUAAAAAAGUUAUCAACACAAUUUUUUUUAACCUUGUCAACCUUAAAGCUAGACGAUCUUGUCAAUUUGUCAACUCUUAAAUUUAACAACUUUGUCAACCUUAAAGACGGCCACCGUCUUGAGCUUCCUGCCUAAAGUUAUUUUUUAUAACUCUUACGUUUUGUCAUAAAGAAUUAUUAUUAAAUAUUUCUGUAUUAAUAAAUAAUUACUUUUUUUAAAAUAAAAUACUGCCGUCUCUAUCUAACUGAAUUAAAGAAUACUACAAAAGAUAAUAUGAAAAUAUACUCAGAGUGGUCACAGAUUAUAUUUUAUCCUAUCGAGUUUUUUUUUGUAUAUACGCAAUUAUGUACUUAUAUUAUUCCCAUUUAAAUCAUAAAAUUACCAACAUUCUAACUAGAUUUAAGUAGAUUUUUAUAUGUAUAAAAGCGAUGAAAGUCUUUAUUUUGUUAUGCCCGCUCUUCACUUGCGCCGCGAUAGCCUGCAACGGUGCGAAUGUGGUCCGUGACCGAUUGUCCCUGAAGCGCAGACAACAAAACCCAUUAGAUUAGAUAACUCUUUUGGAGGUUCUCAAUACGUUGGUAUCUUUUUAAAAAAAAAGUGUAAAGGCAUCUUCUAGGCAAGCGAGUUCCAACCUAGAUCUUAUCAUUGCUUUCUUGACACGUUUUUACUAACUCGCUUUCUUAUCGGUCUAUUUAUUUGUCAGAUAGGCACAAUAUUGGAUAGAAUCAGGCGUUACUUUGCGGAAGUUCAUGUUUAGCAAGAAACAGUUAAAAAUUGCUAUAAUCCGCCAACAGAUAAAAUCUGUAUGGUCAAACAUGCAUUUACAAGCUAAGCACCGCUUACCUCCCCAACCAAGCAAUAAAGCCAAGUUCCCAAGCAAGCACUAACUGUUUCUUGCUAGAUAGGCACAAUUUUUACAAUCGAUUUUAAACUAAUUUCCCGACGUACUAGAGGUUUGAAAUUUUAAAUAUAGGUUGGAACUGGAUGACAAUGCAACAUUAAAAGUAAGAUUGUCGUUUAAAUGCAAGUAUUAUCACGUAAUAAAAAAGGUCGCCACUCAUGAAAGCAUAUUGUUUCGUUAGUUCGUCGUGGGCUGACGCGAUGUGAGUGAAGAGCGGGCUUUAUUUUGUUUUGGUGAACGGUAUGGGAAUUAAGUUUUAAUACCUAUAUUAAUUAUUUGGUAGUUUUACCUACUAGUUUUACUCAAAUCUUAGCAUAUAUUUCAACUAUAUCACGACUAACUCUAAAUAUCCAAUUUUUCUGAAACUUAAAAGUUAUGUCUUAGACUAGUUAAGGCGAAUGAUCACAAUAUAUUUAUUUCAAAAGACCUACACUAAAAGGUUGCAAUUGCUAUAAAAUUUCGCCUUAAAAUAAUUUAUAUUCUGCAAAAAAGGUGCUGUUCAAAUGAAAAAGGACCCAAAACAUAGCGAAAAUAUACAAUAUAGCGAAUGCAUAGAAUUAAUUUUACAGUGCCUUGCCCCACGAUAUCGAAAUCAUAACGAAUAGGUUAUAUUUUAGCAAAUUUGUAAUUAUUUCACUCUGCCUUAUUAAGGACUGUACGGUGCCUACAUUUUGAGAACACAGUCGCCAUAUUUUUUGUUCUACAGGUAUGUCAACUGUCAAAAGUAUGAUUUAGUCCUUAAGGGAAUGCAGUACGUUCGGUUGAAAAUACCGGCGCACGCGGGUAAUCUGUUUGCUAUUUCACCUAACAUUGUGUGAGAAAGAGAUCCCCGGCAUAAAGAUGCGCCGGCUGGCCCUUACCUCCACCAUCCGCGUGGAGUCGAAUGUUUUGGGUGAGAGGCACGAUAAUUGUCACCGAAAUCAAGUGCGCGAAAAGGAUUAAACAGUCGUUUGAUAAAAGUAUUUUUGAGAAAAAACUACUAAAUUUAUGUCUGCUAUUAAAAGUUAUUUCAAACAAUAAAUAUAUCAACUAGGUAUGUCUAAUUUUAAUUGGUUUUGGAAUUUUCAUACUUCUGAUCUUAUCUAUUUACGCACAAAGUUGUCAUAAAGUUAGUGAGAAAAUAGCAAUCUCUCGAGGCUCAUAACUUCAACAUCAGUAUUUUUUUCAAUGUUUUAUAGAUCAACAAACUAGAUAAUGACGAGACAAAUCGAUAUAAUACUUAGUUUUGAGCGUAGGUACAAUAACAAAUAAUGUAGUGAUCACCUUCCUACGUUUGUAUGAAGAAAGUACCGGCUUGUAUCACCUUAAUCUAAGUGUAUACAGUAUUUUUGACAUGACAGUUGACACAUAGAGCAAAUAUGGCGGAUCAAAUAUGGCGAGAGCGUUCUCAAAAUGUAUAAUGCACUAUACACACUAACGAACCGCAUCGUAGAAAUAUCCCCAGAAUUGGUUUUAGAACCCAAUUUAUUUAUUUUUACAAUAUUUGGUACCUUAUAUAUUAUUUAUAAGAAAACUUAUGCCCUAAAUGAGUUAUUUAUUAUGAACGAACUAAAUAGAUUGACCUUAAAUGGUGUACAAAAAUAAUUAUUUUUAUUAUGAUUAUGUUUCCAUACAAAUCGUUGCGGUUCUUUUAGUAUUCGCCUUAAUAAGGUUACCCAUUGUAUUUUUUUUUUCGUUUUACUAAUUUUUGAGGCAAAAAGAAAUAAUUUCAAUAUAAAUGUAUAUUCAGAUUUAAAUCGUGUUUUUGAAUUAUUAUAUUAUGAGAUAAGAAAGUAAAAUGAUUCCAAAAUGCGAUUAAAGUCUAAAUAAAUGACAUUUUACUUGUUUCUUAACUAUUAUGCAAAAAUAAUAUUGAAAAUGUUAUUAGGACAAUUUUUGUCACUUUAUCCAAUUUAAUAAUAGCCAUGGCCUUGUACCUGGUAAAAUUAAAUAAAUAUUAUAUUGAAUACGAUUAUUUAA